UAUUAUCAAUAUCAAAGUAUCAAAAUGGUUGUAUUCUCUCACCCAAAUUGGCGUAAGCCAAAUAUUCGGACACUUGACCGUCCGUCCAUCUUUCUCGCCGGGGCUGUUUCAGCCUUAAUAUUUCUUUGGGCCUUUUUCUUCUUCUCAACUCUCGACCCCAAAAUCGUUUCCUGCAAAUGUAACAAACAACCCGACCCGGCAUCCAACCUCCAGUUCGACCCACCAGUCACAACCUUUUACGACGACCCAUCUUUCGGUUACACCGUAAACAAACCGAUAAAAAAUUGGGACAGUAAAAGAAAAACAUGGCUCAAAUUGCACCCGUCCUUUGAGCCCAGUUCGAAGGACAGGGUAUUUAUAGUAACGGGCUCACGGUCGACUCCAUGCAGGAGCCCGACAGGAGACCAUUACUUGUUACGGUUUUAUCGUAACAAAGUUGAUUAUUGUCGUAUUCAUGGUUACGAUAUUUUUUAUAACAAUGUGUUACUAGACCCGGAAAUGCCUUCAUGUUGGGCCAAGAUUGCGACUGUGCGAGCCGCAAUGGUGGCCCACCCAGAAGCCGAGUGGAUUUGGUGGCUUGAUGAGGAUGCUGCAUUUACGGAUAUGGAAUACAAGAUUCCGUUUCAUAAGUAUAAGGAUUAUAAUUUUGUUGUUCAUGGUUGGCCGAAGGAAGUUUAUGAGAAAAAGAGUUGGUUAGGGUUAAACGCCGGAUCAUUUUUGAUCCGGAAUUGUCAGUGGUCUUUGGACUUUUUAGAGUCAUGGGCUGAUAUGGGCCCACGAUCACCAAAUUAUGAUAAAUGGGCGGAUACUUUAUUAAAUGUUUUCAAGCACGAGUCCGAUGACCAGACCGCACUUGCUUAUUUGUUAUUAAAGGAUCACGAAAAAUAUUUUGGGAAAAAAAUGCUUAUCGAAACCGGUUACUAUUUAGAAGGGUAUUGGGUUUUAAUAGUUGAUACGUUAAAAAAUAUAACCGAAAGGUAUCUGGAGAUCGAGACGAGAGCGGGAAUGUUACGAAGGCGACAUGCCGAGAAAGUGAGCGAACGGUAUGGCGUGUUACGAGAACCAUCGUUAAAGGACGCGGGUAAUGAGUUUGGAAGCUGGAGAAGGCCUUUUGUGACUCAUUUCGCGGGUUGUCAACCGUGUAGUGGGAAACAUAAUCCGUUGUUUACCAGCAAAAGUUGUAGGGAGGGUAUGAACAAGGCUUUAAAUUUCGCGGAUAAUCAAGUUCUUCGAAAUUACGGGUUCGUUCAUCGGAAUUUGUCGGAUUCAUCAGUUGUUUUGCCUUUACCGUUUGAUUAUCCUGCGUGAUUAGUAUAGAAUUUAAUUAAUCAUUUGUGAUGUAUUAGUGUUAUUUUCUCCCUUUUUUGAACAUAUUUUGGAGCUAGAUUUAGUAUAGAAAUAAAAGCUUCAUUUGUUGUCUUAAUUUGGAUUCGAUAUAACUUUGAAUUUGAUAUAA